UUAGCAACUCUCUGGUUAGUGGAAGCUUAAUCCCAAGCAGCUUGAAGACUCUCAAAUUUGAAGCAAAACGACCCGUUUUAGCAUAAGAAACGACGCCGUGUUGCUCUUGGGUAUAAAAACACGCUUUGCGUCUGGGAAAACGAAAUACAGCCACCAUUUUACGGCCCCGCGCGCUCCAUCUCUGAAUUUGCGGAAGCUGCAAAACCCUAGUGAUGGUUGCCACCAACUGACGAUGAAGCUCGCUCAAGUUUGCUCUCUACAUGGAGUGCCCAAACUGCCCGCUUCCUCCUUCGCAGCUGGCAACGGCAAAGUCGUCGCCUUUAAUUCAAGACCAUUCUCAGACAAGGUUAUUCAAUGUGAGGGAUAUUGAUUGGACUACACUAUCAAGCAGUGUGUGGCUUUUGUAGAACAGGUCAUCGGAACAAAGUAGCUGCCGGUGGCAUUGGCGUAUCAGCAAUGAGCAAUGCCUACUGCACUGGAUUCUGCAGCUUUCAUCAUAAAGCAGUGGAAAUGCUGUCUUCGAGAAACAUGUGUGGAAAAAUACUUUUUAGGCCCUUUUCGACGUGCGCCUCACCGAUGAUCUCUACGAAUUUUGCUCUGGUGAUGCGUUCCCCAUCAUCACUUGCGCUGGCUACCCGGGGUGCACUAUCUGAUGCUCCCCAGCGUUCAGAGGAGUGGUUUGCCUUGCGGCGAAACAAACUGACUACAAGCACCUUCAGCACUGCCUUGGGAUUUUGGAAGGGAAACCGUCGACCUGAGCUCUGGCAUGAGAAGGUAUUUGAUUCACAGAAAGAAUUCGCGCAAGCUUCUAAAAAUGCCAUGCAAUGGGGUGUGCUCAAUGAAGAGGUGGCCAUAGAGCGGUAUAAAAGCAUCACAGGUCGUGAAGUGGGUACAUAUGGAUUUGCAUCCCACGGAGAGGAGCGGUUUGAUUGGCUUGGUGCCUCCCCUGAUGGUCUGCUUGAUUGCUUUCAAGGUGGUGGCAUCCUGGAAGUGAAGUGUCCUUUUAACAAGGGAAAACCGGAGCAGGGUCUGCCCUGGUCAACGAUGCCUUUCUAUUACAUGCCUCAGGUGCAGGGUCAAAUGGAGAUAAUGGAUAGAGAGUGGGUUGAUUUAUAUUGCUGGACACCAAAUGGAAGCACAAUAUUCCGCGUGUGCCGAGACCGUAGUUACUGGGACUUGAUGCAUGGAAUUUUAAGGGAAUUUUGGUGGGAAAAUGUGAUUCCUGCUAAGGAGGCUCUUUUGCUGGGUAAUGAAGAAAAGGCUAGGGAGUAUAUGCCAACUUCUACUCACAAAAAAACCGGCCUUGCAAUCGUUAAGAGCUUGGAGUUAGCAAGAGGAUCAAAGUUGCUGUGUAGGGAGAUUGCUGGCCACAUCGAGUUUUACUAGCGACUACCGGCCACAAGUAAAAGGACGAGGAACCCUCAUUCUGUAUGUGUCAAUUGAAUUGUACUAUACAUCGGUUCCAAUGUAUUUAUCAAUUCUAUUAGAUGAUUUAGAUCUCAUCUUAUAAUUUUUAUAGUUCAAAUUUUUCGAUUCA